AUGACGAGGACUGAGGGCCUGUAUGUACUGGGAUAUGGAUCUUUAAUUUAUAAGCCGCCGCCGCACUACACACACAGGAUCUUAGCGAUAAUUCACGGUUUUGUGCGCAGGUUUUGGCAGAGCUCAACAGAUCAUAGAGGAGUACCAGCGCUGCCAGGCAGAGUUGCAACGUUGGUAUCCUAUGAGGAUAUAGUAAGAACUCCUGCGUUUAUGCGUGAUCUGCAAUUGCAUGACAAGAUCAGCGAUAUUCAGGGUCCUGAUGAUCUAACUACAAUCGGAGUAGUGUAUUACAUUCCGCCGGAACAUGCAGAUGAAGUAAGAAGGUAUCUUGACGUAAGGGAGCAGGGUGGGUAUACGCAGCAUGAAGUGAAUGUUCAUCUCGAGACGUCUCCUGAUCAGGAGGGCGAAUUAGAACAUUUGUUGCAAGAGUUACCAUCACACCCAAAGUCCGCCAGAAAGAUUCUGCAAACUACUGUAUACAUUGGAACGAUUGAUAAUGUUUCUUUUGUCGGUCAAGAAGACAUAAAAUCCACAGCACGAACAAUAUCUAAGGCCAAGGGACCUAGUGGCACAAACUAUGCGUAUUUGAAGAUGCUGCACAAUGCCCUGGAACAGAUGCCAAUAUUUCACAACAAUACCCGUGUAAAUGAUCUUUACCUGGAGAGCCUAUUAAGACAGGUCGAAUCUCUAGAACAGGAGGAGUCAUGUUGA